AUGGAUUCGAAAAUGGCAACCAACAAGGACGUCGAGGCGACUACCAGCAAUGAAGAGCUUGGAACCGUUGUCACCGACCCGAAUGGAGCAUUGAAUCGAUCGCUCAAAGAGCGCCACGUCCAGUUCAUCGCCGUGGGCGGCACCAUUGGUACUGGUCUCUUUCUAGGAAUUGGGAGUGCUUUGGCCACAUCCGGACCGCUGUCACUUUGGCUAGGAUACUCUUUUACGUCCGUGGCCAUUUGGUGCAUGGUGAGCCUUCUCAACGCCGCUCUUCUAAUCGACGUACUCUUACAAUCUCAUGAACAGAUGCAAUGCCUUGGGGAAAUGGCCUCCUUGCUCCCUUUGCCCGGGAUGGUAGCCCAAAUGGGCUCUCGUUUCGUCGACCCUGCUUUUGGAUUUGCGAUUGGAUGGAAUCAGUGGUAUAACUGUGCAAUUGCAAUCUGUGCAGAGACCUCUGCUGCCGUGGUGCUCAUCCGUUUUUGGACUGACAUCAACCCUGCCGUUUGGAUAACCGUUAUCCUGGCCGUUGUUAUCCUUCUCAACGUUAUCGCUGUUGGCAUCUAUGGAGAAGCUGAAUUCGUCUUUGCUGCGAUUAAAAUCAUCACUAUCAUUGGUCUUCUUAUCAUGACACUCUGUCUUGACCUAGGCGGAGGCCCGUCUCACGACCGAAUAGGCUUUCGGUACUGGAAGCACCCCGGGCCUAUGAAUGCCUAUAUUGCGAAAGGUUCGGCUGGUCGCUUUCUAGGCCUUUUUAAUACCCUGAUUAACGCUGCAUUUGCCUUCGGCGGCGCGGAGCAAGUCGCCGUUGCUGCGGGCGAGACGAAAAACCCGACAUCUAAUAUUCCCAAGGCUGUCCGCCGUGUUGUUUGGCGCCUACUUGUUUUUUUCUGCUUGGGUUCUUUUGCGGUUGGCCUGCUCGUCCCUUCUAAUAACGAUAAUCUCCUCUAUGGCAGCGGCAUUGCCCAGUCGCCUUGGAUUAUCGCUAUUCGGACCGCCGGGAUUCCCGCCUUGCCACACAUUGUAAAUGCUGUCAUUAUUACAUCGGCAACGUCCUCGGCAAAUGCGUUACUGUAUGCAGGCUCGCGUUAUUUGUAUGCUUUAUCGCUUCAAGGCCAAGCCCCAAAGUUCCUCCGGAAGUGCACAGAGCGAGGUGUUCCAAUUUACUGCGUCGGAGUGACUGCAUCCAUCAGUCUCCUGACGUAUAUGACCGUGUCGUCCGGAGGCUCGAACAUUUUCCACUGGUUCUCGAGCAUAGUCACUAUCGCUUAUUUACUCACAUGGUUUUCUAUUUGCAUUGCCUACACCCGUUUCCGCAGAGCACUUCUCCUGCAAAAUAUCAACCGCGACACGCUCCCAUUUAAGUCCCCUUUCCAGCCUCACUUAGCCUGGGGUGCAACUGUUUUUUUCGGUAUCGUCUUGAUCUUUAAUGGGUUUCCCGUGUUCACACGUGGGAAUUGGAAUGUUCACGAUUUUAUCUCGGCAUACGUUGGUAUCCCAAUAUUUAUCGCUUUAUAUACUUUCUGGAAGAUCGUGAAAAAGACCAAAAUCGUACCAAUACAGGAUAUUGAUCUCUGGACGGGACGUGUGGUCGCAGUCGACGAAUGCACCACGACGGAUAAAACUUUCUUGCAAAAGGUGUCUAGCAAGAUAUUCUGA